GGAUGUUUUUUCUGUGUGUUGACAACCCGACAUCAACAACUACUUCAUGCUCAGUCGGAGGUGUUCACUUCACCUGCCGAGUGAAGAAAAUGUGUGCUGAAUGAAGCAGAAGUAAGGGUAAUCAGCAGCACUGGCACCAGUGAGGAUUAAAGCAACGGCUGAAUGCGGCAAGCUGAGACACGCUCUCCGCAGCUCGUGAAAGGCUGCCUGGAAAUCACCAAGUGAAAGAGAAGCCCGACCGUUUGGUGGAAGGAAUCCUGCCACAACACACCACUGAGGUCUCCACCUGUGGCUCAGUGAGAUGAAGUCUUAAGAAACAACUACUCUCUGUCCCCCCUUGGCCAGGCGCCUCCACCUGGCAGCACCGACUUGGCUGCGAAGCACAUGGUGGUCACUGCAGCCACCAUGGAGGUGCACUGACACCCUCACCGCUCACCUCUGUCAAGUCUGCCCAGCAACAACAGCUACAACAAUGAGCUCUCACAGUCGAUCAGGUGGCUUGACCAGCAACGAACAGCCUCUGGAACUUCUUAAACCAACUGCACUCAACCAUUUCGUGGACGUGAGCACGGCAGCACUGCCCAUGCAGGUGCCCCCCACCACCACAGCCAUCCUUCCCAUGGACCUGCGCGUAGUGGACCACCCCCACCACCACCAUCACCAGCAGCCCCCAUUCGGCCUGGUUCCCCAACCCCACCCUACACCGCCCGCAUCCACAGCUUGUCCCGUGUCGUCCGAGCCAGGCCGUGGCUCAGUCAUUAACCACCAGGAGCAGCAACUGCAGCAGGAGCUGGUAGCUCUAAAACACAAGCAGCAGCUCCAGAGACAGCUACUGAUCGCUGAGUUCCAGAGGCAGCAUGAACAGCUGUCGCGACAACAUGAGGUCCAGCUGCAGGAACAUAUCAAGCACCAACAGGAUUUACUGGCACUCAAGCACCAACAAGAGCUGUUGGAGCACCAGAGGAAGAUGGAGCAGCAGCGUCAUGAGCAGGAGCUGGAGAAGCAGCAGCGGGAAUACAAACUCCAGCAGCUCAAGAACAAGGACAGGGGACAGGAGAGUGCAGUCGCCAGUACAGAGGUCAAGAUGCGACUUCAGGAGUUUGUCCUGAACAAGAAGAAAGCGCUGGCUCAGCGAAACCUCAACCACGGUCUGCCCAGCGACCCCCGCUUUUGGUAUGGAAAAACCCAGCACAGCUCUUUGGACCAGAGCUCUCCUCCUCAAACAGCAUUGUCAGCGUACACCCACCCGAUGCUGGGCACAUACGACUCAAAAGACGACUUUCCUCUCCGCAAAACAGCCUCUGAGCCCAACCUGAAGCUCCGUUCCCGGCUAAAGCAGAAAGUGACAGAGCGCCGCAGCAGCCCUCUGCUCCGAAGGAAAGAUGGUCCCAUCACUACUGCUAAGAAGCGCUCCCUAGACGUGGCUGAGUCUGCAUGCAACAGUGCACCAGGCUCAGGUCCCAGCUCCCCCAACAACAGCUCCAGUAACAUCCCCAGCGAGAACGGGGUCACCAUCUCCAGCAGCCCAGGAGAGGCCUCCCUGCUUCAGAGGUUGGCUGCAAGGGAAGGUUCAGUUAGCCAGCUCUCUCUCUACACCUCCCCUUCUCUGCCCAACAUCACCCUGGGACUGCCAGCCACGGGCCCUGCUAGCACUGUGGUAUCAGGACACCAAGAUGGUGACAGUCGCCUGGCAUUGCCUGCGUUACAGCAGGGCAUUCCUCUGACCCCUCCAUUCCUGCCCACUGCCCACCUGCCCUCCUACUUGGCAUCUUCUGCUUUGGACAGGGAGGGGGCUGGAGGGGGCACGGCUGGUCACAGCCCCCUUCUCCAACACAUGGUACUGCUGGAGCAGGGCCACAAUCCAAUGGUUGGUCUGGGUGGCCUCCCACUGCCAUCACCCUCUGUAUCCAAGCUUGCGCGGGGCCACCGUCCAUUGGGAAGAACCCAGUCAGCCCCUCUGCCCCAGCAGCAGUGUGGCCAGGCCCAGGCCCUGCAGCAGCUGGUGGUCCAGCAGCAGCACCAGCAGUUCCUGGAGAAACACAAACAACAGUUCCAACAGCAGCAGCAGCAGCACAUCAUCAACAAGAUCAUGUCCAAGCCCUGCGAUCAGGUCUCGGCUGCAAGCUCCAGCACCUCAGGGCCAGCCAGGCAACACCAGAGCCACCCAGAGGAAACAGAAGAGGAACUCAGGGAGCACCAGGGGCUCUCCUCCUCUUCAUCAUCGUCCUCCUCUACGUCUGUGCAGGAGACGGGGCCUCUGCGAGGGCUGGUCAUCAAGCAGGAGCCCCCAGACCCCCAAGAGCAGGAGGAGAGGGAGCAGAGGGAAAGGCAGGCCGAGAAGGACUUCCUGUUCCGCCAGCAGGCUUUGCUGUUAGAGCAGCAGCGUAUCCACCAGCUGAGGAACUACCAAGCCUCCGUGGAAGCUGCCGGGUUAUCGGUCAGCUUCGCCGGACACCGCCCCCUCUCCAGGGCCCAGUCAUCUCCAGCCUCCGCCUCCUUCCCCAUGGUCGUACAAGAGCCGCCUGCCAAGCCUCGAUUUACCACAGGUCUGGUGUAUGACUCUUUGAUGCAAAAGCACCAGUGUAUGUGUGGGAACACCACCAGUCACCCAGAGCAUGCUGGCCGCAUCCAGAGUAUCUGGUCCCGACUACAGGAGACAGGCCUGCGGGCGCACUGCGAGUGUAUCCGCGGUCGAAAGGCCUCGCUGGAGGAGUUACAGACGGUCCACUCUGAAGCCCACGUCCUGCUGUACGGAACAAACCCACUGCGGCAGAAACUAGACUGCUCAGUGAGUCCCAUGUUUGUGAGGUUACCAUGUGGAGGCAUAGGGGUGGACAGUGACACUAUUUGGAAUGAGGUCCAUUCGUCCAGCGCUGCUCGUCUGGCCGUCGGCUCGGUUGUGGAGCUCGUCUUCAAAGUAGCAUCGGCAGAGCUGAAGAAUGGUUUUGCUGUUGUACGACCACCCGGACACCACGCUGAGGAGAGUACACCCAUGGGGUUCUGUUACUUCAACUCCGUCGCCAUAGCAGCCAAGCUCCUGCAGCAGAGGCUCAAUGUCAGUAAAAUCCUCAUCGUGGACUGGGAUGUUCAUCAUGGUAAUGGCACCCAGCAGGCCUUCUACACAGACCCCAGUGUUCUCUACCUGUCCCUGCAUCGCUAUGAUGAUGGGAACUUCUUCCCUGGUAGUGGAGCACCUGACGAGGUGGGCAGUGGAGCAGGUGUAGGCUUCAAUGUGAACAUGGCCUUUACUGGAGGACUGGAUCCUCCUAUGGGUGAUGCAGAGUACUUGGCUGCAUUUAGGACGGUGGUUAUGCCUAUUGCCAACGAGUUUGCCCCAGACGUGGUUCUGGUAUCUUCAGGCUUUGAUGCGGUAGACGGCCAUGCCUCACCCCUGGGAGGAUACAAACUGACAGCCAAAUGCUUCGGCUACCUGACCAGGCAGCUGAUGGGUCUGGCAGGCGGUCGGAUGGUUCUAGCCCUGGAGGGGGGUCACGACCUCACAGCCAUAUGUGAUGCCUCCGAAGCCUGCGUCUCUGCUCUGCUUGGCAAUGAGUUGGAUCCCAUUCCUGACGAGGUGCUGCAGCAGAGACCGAAUGCCAACGCUGUCCACUCUAUGGAGAAAGUUCUUGAAGCUCACAGUAAAUACUGGCGCUCGCUGCAACGCUCUGCCUCCACACUCGGUUGCUCGUUGAGUGAAGCCCUGCAGCGUGACGCAGAGGAAGCCGAGACUGUCUCCGCCAUGGCCUCGUUGUCCGUUGCCAACAAGCACAUUGGAAAGAGGGCCGAAGAGGAACCGAUGGAAGAGGAAGCUCCUAUGUAAAGAAACACCCCCUCGCCUUUGACCACUGAGACCAGUCUUCAUCUUUGACAGUGUCCUCAACCAGUCUGUGUCAAUUUAAACGCCACUCCUACGUCUCACCCCUGCCGUGUCAAGUUGGCGCGUUAAUGUGGGGGCGAGAGCAAACAGAGCUGACAAAAGUGGCGCUCGGAGGAACACUGAAGAUGAGCGAUGCGUUCACUGAUCAGCGGUGCACAGACUGAUCAGCUUAAAUGUGUCGCAUUGUCUCUUCAAGACCUUGGAUAUAAGAGGAUUGACUCAACCAUCCCACAAUGACAACCUUGAGUGCCAGUGCUUUGAAAACACUAGACAAGAUGUACUUUUUGGAUGCCAGUGGGAACCAUACGCAGACGAUCUGUAGUCAUCUUCUUCUCUUGCUGUUCUGUUCUUUCUCUGCUUUAUUGCCAUAGUCUCACUCUCUGAUGUGAUUGUGACUCUGCACUACGGAUGAAUCAUUCCUGCUCUUUUAAGAUAUCCUGAUGACUGGAACAAAGUGGUUGAAUUUCCUGCAGCUUUCCAACGCGGUUGAAGAUUACAGAUCAGGAAGGUCAACAGGUGUUCUGAUUCCAAAAUGACUGACGGUGAAAGACGUGUUCGUGCCUUUUUUUUUUUUUUUUUUUUAAACCUCGUGGAUUUUCUGUUGAACUCUGCUGAAAGAGCUUUGCCUUAAAAAAACAGUUUUGGGAACGAGGCCUCUUCUCCCCCACCCCUUAAACAUUUCUAUCCUGGCAAGACAUCCAAUGCCUGCAUGUUGUCGGCACAUAGACUGGAGAACCUUGGCAUGUUUACCUAUAAUUCUCUGCAAGCAGCCUACUGUCUUUCCCUGUACCUUCAUCUUUGUUUUUUCUCCCUUAUUUUUUAAUAAUCUCAUCUUUGCAGGUAGUUCCCAGCCACAAGUUGAAGGUGGUUCAUUUGAAUGGAAGUUAAAGGUGGGAUUAGUAUUACUCCAGAGGAAACAUCUUGGACGGGCAUCUGAUUUCCCUGUUUUGUUGUUUCAGCAUUCAUUAAUGAUCCAUCCCACAGUCUUUAGGCUACUUUAGUCAUCAGUAUAACUCGGACAGCACAGGUUCUUCACACACAAAACCACAUUUUAUAAGUGCCGCCGCUGGUUGAAAGCUGCAUUUGAACUAUAUUUUGUUCAUGUUAAAGAGGCUGUCUGAAUCCGGUCCAAACCUUCAGCCACAAUAGAUCAAUGAAGACAAAUGACUACAAGACACUAUAAAUAUUAUAGGAGACCAUCUGGAAAACGUUCCCUGCUGGCAGCAAGUAAAACAAAAGAUAUCGCAGGUGGCAGGGAGAGGUCAGGCGGAGCGUGAUAGAAAGAAAACCCAGUACACAUAAUAUACCUCACCCAUGUCGGGGCGAGCACCCUCAGCACCUCUUCCUGCAGUCUGCGUACAGCCUUCUCGGGACCAUCAAUCAGCAGUGGUCAGAGAAAACUUUCCUCAAUACUCACAUUGAAUUUUCACGCAUUGCAUAAUUUUAGGAGGUUUGCACACGAAUGCAUCACCUUGGCGACAGGCUCGAUCAACUCUCCUCAAGAGUAGUAGCAUGCAAUGUAUUAGAGCAGGAGGAACUCUAAUCUUAUUCAGACUGUAUGUAGUAGUUAGACAAUAAUGAAGCCAAAGCCAUGAUGGACUUUCAUCUCUGUAGAGUCAAACCACAUCAUUUUUACAUUGGAAUCAGGCGCCGUUUUUGCAGAAUAAUGAAGGAUAGAGAGGAAUUAAUCUCAUAUGGGCCAAUUUGUUGAACCAGCCCUCUCUUUAAGACAACUGUGUCUCCGUGGCAACAGUGACCAUACCACCUGGGAUUUUGCAGCGCCGCACAGGCUCUCACAGCUGGUUUCACAUCUUUAGCCCCUUGUGAAGCACAUCUGCUCCCCAAAUGUCAGGUGCUGUGAGGCAGGUGUGUGUGCAUCUGUUCAUAGGCAGUGAAGUGCAAGCUGCUCUUUAUAAAUAUUCAAGUGUAUGCACAUAUUUUUAUAGUUGCUUUUCUGUAUUAUAUCAUCCUUUUCUCUUGACCAGUGAGACAGCCGGUGGGAUAAGCCUGUGCAUAAUGAACAAUCUUGCAGCUUUGAAAUGCACAUGUAGCUCAGAUUCUACUCUGGAUGCUGAAUCCUCCCCCAUAGCUGGGUUGGUUAUAAAUAUCUUAAUAUUUAAGAAGACAUAAGUCAAUGAUUGGUUUCAUUAUACUCAAAUGAAUUUGGGUUCUUUACCAACUCUGAAAUUCACUGAAACUUAACUGGCCACCAGCCUAGUUGUAGUAAAGUGUGGUUAAUCAUUUUGGCAUCUAAAACACUAUAAAUACAAGGUCUUUUUUUACCUUUGCAUGUCUGAUAAAACACUCACAGUGUGCAGAAGUUCACUUCCUGUCUGCAACCAUCCUUCCAACUUGUGUUUGGUGCCUGCUGGGCAACUACCUUCUCUUACCUUUGCUUCAUCUACAAGCUGAUCACCUUUAAUGUAUAUUUUCUGUGAACAGGAAACAGAGUGCUGUGGUUUUUACUGUUGUUUACUGUACAUAGGACAUCGGUCUCCGGAGUAUUCCUGCCACACACAUUUGUCAGUGACUACUUUUGUUUGUUUUUUCCUCUCAGCUGUGUCAUCUUUCUGGUUGUGUUGCCCUUUCAGUUCAGUGGACUCCAGUAAUUUCUUUUUUGUACUUUUUUUUUUUUUUUUAAUUAUGUUUUCCUGUUAUUCUGUUCACGUUCCCCUCUCUGUGUCUCUGUUACAUUGAAAGCUGACAUACUUCACUACAGGUGAGGGUCCAGACUCUGUUUUUAGUGGACAUGAUGAUGUUUUCUGGGUUCAGGGUUUUUGUGGGAGGGUUGGGAUGCAAAUGUUUCUACUUUGUAUAAUGAUGGACAAUUGUGUAUUUACUGUCUGUUCAUAGUAGAUUUAUAUAUGAAAAGAAAUGAGUAUAUUAUAUAUACAGUAUAUAUCUCUAUACAUAAUGAAAUACUAUGACCUUGUUUUUGAAGUUGGUAUUGAAAAUUGAUACCUUUCAUGGUUCUUACAUACAGUCAGCUCUUUUUAGGGUGUUCCUGAAGGCACCAUGUACUGUCCUUACAGUUACCGUUACAGUUAGUUACAUGUUUAGUAGCAUUUUACUGGUUGUCUUUUUGUCUUUCAACACUGACUAGUUUUUGGCUUCAUUCAUCCCAUUGGUACCAUACAGUAGGUGUGCCACUGCUCAGCCUCGCAUUUUCAUGCACAUAUUUGUAUCAUUCCACACUUUUUGAAUUGUAUGUGUCUAGAUAUUAUUGUAGAAAAACACAGAUUUUGGUUGGUUCCUAUUAAGUUUCAGUAUUUUAAAGAAAUUUGAGACUGAAAUUCAAAAUCUGGAUUCUACAUAUUUCAGAAAAGACCAAAGUGGUGAUCCAUUUUUUCCACUUUCUUAAAGGUUUACAAGUUCAUCCUCUAACAACAAGGAAAAAACAUGAAAAAUGGGAUGGGCGUAUUUGAAUUGGAAUGUGGCCAUGCUUUCCCCCUACUUUAAAUCCCUCUGAUGAGCCUUACAAAUGAUUUCACAUGAUCAUCCCUUAUUUCCUUAUCUGACCAAAUGUCCUCAGUUUUAAUUUAAAUCAACAUCCCUUUAAAUUCAUCUAGUUCACAUGUGUAAUCUCAUUCAUCAGUGAUGCCUCUGAGUUUCAGGGUGGCCAGCAAGACUGUCCAGAAUCCGAAAGAUCACAGGUGUUUGAUCCCUGCAGCAGCCCACGUCUUUGUGUCCUCACACCACCAAAACUCCACAUCUAUGUCCUUCACGAACACAUGUUAAGACCAAUACAAGUAUGAUUGAAAUAUUCUAAAAUCUCAAUCAGACUUGUAAAGAGUAGAAUUUCUCAUUGUGACUGAAUGUAUCUGACCUUUACUGGCAAAGUGAUGCUGCAUCUCCCUGCAGAAGUUGUCCAGAGAGGUCAGAAUUAAGACUGUGUCAUGCAUGUGUCAUCUACUACAAAGGUAAACAUGUGGGUGUGAAUCAGUGCUUGCAGUAAAUUGUCUGCCACAAAGUUGGUUUUGCACCGAGUAUCUCAAGAGAUAACUAAGGUCGUAGCAUUGUUUGGCAUCAUUUUUAGUUUUAUUGAAUAUAGCUUAAAUUCAUAGCCGUGUGGAAGAUAUGUGAUAUUUCUGUACAUUCCCGUUAUAUCAGACACCUACACAAACAUCACUUCUUUUGUAAUUUUGGAAAGAUUUGUUUCCAGGAACAUUUUCACAUUACUGUGAUACUUCAUGCAUACAGAGGUAUGUGUGGUUGGAAUAUGAAAAUGCUCACAGUCAGGCUAUCCUGAAUGUCACCUUAGCUUGGAUACGCUGACAUCUCUGUGGAUGUAAACUUGAUGAGAUGCUUUUCGGUAACCCAGCCCAGAACAUUCCCAGAACCUUUGCACAGCAGUGCCAGUCAUGGGGUUUCUCCUGCUGAAAGCUUUGGUUUCUCAAAAGGAGCCAAAACUAGCACAGUCUGGCUGUCUGUCUUCACUGUUAGUCUUAACACAAUGUCCAGUAACAAAGCAGCAGUAACAGAGCAGCAACAUUCCAUUUCCAUUCUCUUAUAAUUUCCAUUUAUUAGGAGGGGGGCAUAUCUUUUGGUUUUAACCCUCAUAGCUCAGUCCAGCCAGGUCCAGAACUGUUUAUUUAGGUGGCCUGGUCCGACUCCACUCCAUUCCUCUUUUUCUCUCUGCAUGAACCAUCUGUCCGCAUGCACUGCCUACCUACCUACCUACCUGCCUGCUUGUCUGUCUGUCCCACACCACAUAACCGCACAAGGGAUCAAGCACUGAAGGACGUUAGUACUUUCACUGUAUCCAAACUGUCUUAUCUCUUUUACUGCUUCUUUUGUUUCAGCUGUGGAGGAGUUUGGUUGCGUUCCAUGUUGUGCUUUUACCUGUGGGACAUGGAAUCAUCAAACCUGGAAGACUUCAGUUGAAUAUUUUACAAAAAGGAAAAAAAAAAUUAUCUAGCACUUGUAACACAGACAAUAGAUUUUAUUGUAUUUAUGUAGAAAAACAAGUUGUUUUAGGGGGACGCUUUGUAAACUGCAACAACAGAAUGGAAAUCCUUUUUUUUAUAUAUACCAGGCAAGAUGUGACUUUGGUGGACUUUUGGGAAGACAUUUUUGUUCUUUGUCACAUCUGGACUUAUCAAAGGGCUCCAUCCAGAUGCCUGGUCAUUGCUAUGGUUGUCCAUUCCACUAAAUAAGCCAGUAAUCGCUAUGACCACUGUGGUUCAACAACAGUUCUAGGUUUACAUAUGUAUAAAAUGCAUAUUCUUUUUUUUAUCAGUUAUGUUUUUGACUUGUUCCACCAUUGUUACAGAAAUAGUACUUUUUUCUCGGGAACCUUUGCUCUAACAUGUCUUUGACAUCACAAUAUAAAGUAUUGUUUUGGAAAA